UGGAGGGACGCACUGAGCAUGUGCAGAUCAGCUUGGUGGCGGCUGCUGCGGCCGGAGGCGAGGGCCCGGUGCUGAUGCGAACUGCCGUCUCGGCCUCAGCCCGCGCGUGGUCGGCCCCCCAGGUUGGGGUGGCAGGGAAGGAGCCGUAGCCUCCCUGUGGCCCGAGGAGCCGGCGUGCCGGCGCGUACUCCCCGGCGGCCGCGGCGCCCUCGGGGCCCAAGAUGAUGGCGGAGCAGGUGAAAUGCGCCUCGGCGGGGGUCAGCUCUGGAGCGGGCUCCGGGCCGGUGGUGAACGCGGAGCUGGAGGUGAAGAAGCUGCAGGAGCUGGUGCGCAAGCUGGAGAAGCAGAACGAGCAGCUGCGGAGUCGAGCGGCCAGCGCGGCCGCCGCCCCGCACCUGCUGCUGCUGCCGCCGCCGCCGCCCGCCGCGCCGCCCCCCGCCGGGGCCUGCAGCCCGUUGGGUCCUCGGAGCCCCCCGGCCGCCACGGUCACAGCCGCGGCCUCAGGGGGCCUGGGGCUCGGGCUGGCUCUGGGCGCGGGGGGCGGUGGCGGUGGCGGCAGCAGCAGUGGCAGCGGCGGUGGCUCCAGCCCCGCGUUCCCGGGCACCUUCUGCCUGCCUAGCCCCGCGCCCUCCCUGCUUUGCAGCCUGUCGCAGCCACCCGAGGCGCCCUUCGUCUACUUCAAGCCGGCAGCGGGCUUCUUCGGCGCGGGCGGUGGCGGGCCGGAGCCGGGGGGCGCGGGGACGCCGCAGGGGGGAGCUGCAGCGCCGCCCUCGCCGGCCCCCACGCUGCUGGACGAGGUGGAACUGCUGGAUCUGGAGAGCAUAGCCGCCUGGCGGGACGAGGACGACUACACCUGGUUAUACGUUGGCUCUUCAAAGACGUUCACCUCAUCAGAGAAAUCCCUGACUCCUUUGCAAUGGUGUAGACAUGUCCUAGAUAACCCAACUCCUGAGAUGGAAGCAGCAAGACGUUCCCUGUGCUUUAGACUGGAGCAAGGUUACACUUCCAGGGGCUCCCCACUCAGUCCCCAGUCAUCUAUCGACAGUGAGCUGAGUACUUCAGAAUUGGAGGAUGAUUCUAUCUCCAUGGGAUAUAAAUUACAGGACCUCACUGAUGUUCAGAUCAUGGCUCGUCUGCAAGAAGAAAGUCUCAGGCAAGAUUAUGCUUCUACUUCAGCAUCUGUAUCAAGACAUAGUUCCAGUGUGUCAUUGAGUUCAGGAAAAAAAGGGACAUGUAGUGAUCAAGAAUAUGACCGAUACAGUCUGGAGGAUGAAGAGGAAUUUGAUCAUUUGCCACCACCUCAGCCUCGUCUUCCAAGAUGUUCCCCUUUCCAAAGAGGAAUUCCCCAUUCACAGACUUUCUCCAGCAUUCGGGAUUGUAGGAGGAGUCCCAGUUCCCAGUAUUUUCCUUCAAAUAAUUACCAGCAGCAACAGUAUUAUUCACCUCAAGCCCAAACUCCAGAUCAGCAACCAAAUAGGACCAAUGGAGAUAAACUCCGAAGAAGUAUGCCUAACCUAGCCCGGAUGCCAAGUACAACUGCCAUUAGUAGCAAUGUUAGUUCUCCAGUCACCGUGCGAAAUAGUCAGAGUUUUGACUCAAGCUUGCAUGGAGCUGGAAAUGGAAUUUCAAGAAUACAGUCUUGUAUUCCAUCACCAGGACAGCUUCAACACAGAGUGCACAGCGUGGGGCAUUUCCCAGUGUCUAUCCGACAACCUCUUAAAGCCACAGCCUAUGUGAGUCCAACCGUUCAAGGCAGCAGUAACAUGCCUUUAUCAAACGGCUUACAGCUGUAUUCCAACACAGGAAUCCCCACACCGAACAAAGCUGCAGCUUCUGGGAUAAUGGGUCGCAGUGCACUCCCAAGACCUUCGUUGGCAAUAAAUGGGAGUAACCUGCCUCGAAGCAAAAUUGCACAACCUGUUAGAAGUUUUCUUCAGCCUCCAAAGCCUCUGUCUUCACUCAGCACUCUGAGGGAUGGAAAUUGGAGAGAUGGUUGCUACUGAUGCAGUUUUAUGUACCCUUGAGAAAUGGGAAAGAAGUAAAAAUGAGGGUUGUGUUACCUAGCUGGCUGGGUAGCAGUGGAUGUUGGGAUAUUCUUUCCCUUUUGUGUUUUAAUAUAUUUACUGCAUUGUUUCUCAAUGGACCAGUCACCAGAGACUAAUUAUUGCACUUAAAUAUUUGCCUGAGAUACUGCAACAGUCUCAAACCCAUGGUUGCAGUAUUGUGACACUUAGAUCUAGGAAGUUUUUGUAGAACUGCUCUGUACCUGAAUACUUUUUGAGAGAAUUGAGAUGUAUCAAUAAUGCUUUGCCAUAUGAGUUUUUUAAAGUAACUUGUUCAAUUUACUUACAUGUUCUAAACAUCUUUCCAUUACAUGUUCUGUAUUUUAAUACAUUGCAUAUUGACAACUAGGUUCUAUAAUGUAUGCUUUGAACUUUACUUUUUUAUAGUUUACAGGAAUUUUAUUUUUUGUGCCUAUUUCUUUUUACACCUAUGUGAACCACUAUGGAACAACUUAAAUUUUGUGCCAUAAAAAUAUUUUUGUGGUAAGGUACUAUUUUUUUAGCUCUAGGGAUAUAUCAGCAAAAACACAUCAUGCAAUUUGAGAGACAUAAUUUUGUGUUGAAUGAGCACAACAUAAUUUGAAGCAUUGCAAGGAGAUAGCCAGACAGCAGAAUUAAAUGGUCCUGUCUUUUUCAUUGUUAAUUUAUUGUCAUACAUGGGUUUCAUAUUUAUAACGGCAUCAUGAGCUCAUUGCACUUAAUACCUGCAAUGUUUGCUACUGUACCACAAUUGAUUUUCAAUACUUUAUUACAAAGGAUGAAACUGUAAUGUUUUAUUAACAAUGCUUCUGGAAAUGAAUGCAUUUUAAAGCAAAUAAAUCUUUUUGAUAGACCUUUUACAAAAUCCAUUUGCACUAAUGAAUGCUUUCUUAUGGCAUAUAACUUAAUAUUUGUUACUGUGUACACUGCUGUUUUGGAAUGUUCAGAAAUAAAGACUCUAUUUCAGCAAUA